UGUUGUCGCGGCCCUGACUGAGAUGGCGGCGGUGGCGGCGGGCGCGGCGGGCGGAGCGGCCCCUCAGCAGCAGCCGCCCCCACAGCAGCAGCCCCAGCCGGCAGCGGGAGGAGCCGCGGGCUCCGGGGAGGCCGGAGGAGGAGGAGGGGGAGCGGGAGGAGGAGGAGGAGCGGGGGGAGCUGGGCCCGGCCCGGGCUCGGGGUCGGGCGGCGGUGCGGCCGGAGGCGGCGGGGAGUCGUGGUACCUGGCGCUUCUAGGCCUGGCCGAGCACUUCCGAACGUCCAGCCCGCCCAAGGUUCGGCUUUGCGUGCACUGCCUGCAGGCCGUGCUGCCCAGGAAGCCCCCGGCCCGUAUGGAGGCCCGCACUCACCUCCAGCUCGGCUCAGUGCUCUACCACCACACCCGAAACGGGGAGCAGGCCCGGGGGCACCUGGAGAAGGCGUGGCUGAUCUCGCAGCAGAUCCCGCAGUUUGAGGACGUGAAGUUCGAGGCAGCCAGUCUGCUGUCCGAGCUGUACUGCCAGGAGAACUCAGUGGACACAGCGAAGCCUCUGUUACGCAAGGCCAUCCAGAUCUCACAGCAGACUCCAUACUGGCACUGUAGGCUGCUUUUCCAACUUGCACAACUACAUACUCUUGAAAAAGAUUUGGUAUCUGCAUGUGACCUUCUGGGAGUGGGAGCAGAGUAUGCCCGAGUGGUGGGGUCUGAGUAUACCAGAGCACUGUUUCUGCUAAGCAAGGGAAUGCUCCUUCUGAUGGAACGGAAGCUGCAGGAGGUGCACCCUCUCCUUACCCUGUGUGGGCAGAUAGUUGAAAACUGGCAAGGAAACCCCAUCCAGAAGGAGUCGUUGCGUGUGUUCUUCUUAGUCCUGCAGGUCACACAUUACCUGGAUGCUGGGCAGGUGAAGAGUGUGAAGCCGUGUCUGAAGCAGCUUCAGCAGUGCAUUCAGACCAUAUCCACGCUACACGAUGAUGAGAUUCUGCCCAGCAACCCUGCGGAUCUCUUUCACUGGCUGCCUAAGGAACACAUGUGUGUGCUCGUCUACUUGGUGACAGUGAUGCAUUCCAUGCAAGCAGGGUACCUGGAGAAGGCUCAGAAGUACACAGACAAAGCACUCAUGCAGCUAGAGAAGCUAAAAAUGUUGGACUGCAGUCCUAUCUUGUCAUCUUUCCAAGUGAUUUUGUUGGAACACAUUAUCAUGUGUCGACUUGUCACAGGACACAAAGCUACAGCGUUGCAGGAGAUCUCACAAGUCUGCCAGCUCUGCCAGCAGUCUCCCAGGCUGUUUUCUAAUCAUGCUGCCCAGCUGCACACUCUGUUAGGGCUCUACUGCAUUUCUGUUAAUUGCAUGGACAAUGCAGAGCAGUUUACUACAGCACUGAGGCUCACUACACACCAGGAGCUGUGGGCAUUCAUUGUGACAAACUUGGCCAGUGUGUACAUCAGGGAAGGCAACCGGCACCAGGAGCUUUACAGCUUAUUGGAAAGGAUAAAUCCAGACCACAAUUUUCCUGUGAGCUCCCACUGCCUUCGAGCUGCAGCUUUCUAUAUCCGAGGUCUGUUCUCCUUCUUCCAAGGAAGAUACAACGAGGCAAAGAGGUUCUUGCGAGAGACGCUGAAAAUGUCAAAUGCAGAAGAUUUGAAUCGAUUAACAGCGUGUUCCCUCGUGCUCCUGGGUCACAUAUUCUACGUGUUAGGGAAUCACAGGGAAAGUAAUAAUAUGGUAGUGCCAGCCAUGCAGCUUGCAAGCAAGAUCCCGGAUAUGUCUGUGCAGCUGUGGUCUUCAGCUCUGCUGAGAGACCUGAACAAAGCCUGUGGAAAUGCAAUGGAUGCACAUGAGGCAGCACAGAUGCAUCAGAACUUCUCACAGCAGCUCCUCCAGGACCACAUUGAAGCGUGCAGUCUUCCAGAACACAAUUUAAUCACGUGGACAGAUGGACCACCUCCCGUACAGUUCCAGGCACAGAACGGACCCACCACCAGCCUGGCCAGUCUCCUGUGAAACACAAUCAGGACAGUGCGUUUAAUAAGAAUCAAACAAAACAAACAAACAAAAAAAAGCCAAAAAAAAAAGAAAGAAAAAAAGGAGAAAAACUCAUUGCAAAAUCUUUUCUUCAAAGAAAAGGCAGCAAAUUCCUCUUCUAGCGAGGGCCAUGUAGGAAACUGCAUUAAAGACAGCAUACAUUUCAUAGACUUGCAAAGUGAGAAGGGCAUUUUGAGCUACUUUUACAUAAUGUGUGUGAAUAUACAGCUAGAGUGUAUAUACCUACUGGUUUUAAUCUGUUUUCCUCUUACUGAGAAGUAAGGUUUAGUCCAAAGGACGCUCGUUGUUCCUUAAGCUUGAUAGACUUGUCUUUAAAUGUGUCACAGAGUUGAGAGGACUUGCACAGUUUGGAAUACAUACCAGUUGUAUUCCCUGAGUUACAAUGCAUGCCAGUUUGAACGUCUUCUGUGCCCUUCCACUCUUGGGAACAACGGGAUUCAAUCCUGACUGGUUGUAGGGUGCCCUAAAGUUCAACAUUUAGCUUCUGAGGUGAUGUUCUCCUUGUGUGUGUGAGUCACCUUGCAGUGCUGAGGGCGGUGGGAUGUGGGUCGUCAGAUCCUUUGGGGUGAGCAGAGUUGCAGAUCCCACAGUCUGGGGCUGUUGACAGUCAGUGGCACCGCUCUGUCCCCAUGAAGGGUCUCCCUUCUGUGUCCCUGCACUGCUGGUGAUGCAGAAGCACAACUGCAGCUCUGUCCAUCUCUGCUGUUUUGUAGUGAUUUGUACCCGAGGAGGAAAUCCCUUCUCAUUUUGGCCCAGCAUUUAGCAUCCUGCAGCCUCACCAAGGCAAGGCAGUGUUUGUGCCUUAACCAUUUCUACCAACGAUUGCAGUGAGGAUUCAGCUCAGCUCGGUGGUUAAAGCCAAUUCCCCACAGAAGCAAGAGGGUUGCGCUUAGCCAAAAAGUAUUUCUGUGUUAGCCUCCCUGUUUUAUCUCCCUUUUUUGAGCUCUUUGGUCUCCCCGUGCCUCUGCAGCCAUCCUAAGCAGGAUAAGCACGGCCCAAAUUCCUUCUAUAGGAAACAGUGCAGAAGUUGUCAAUGCCAUGAAGCAAUUCCAGGCUGCUGCAGGGUUCCAAGGGUCAAAUAAAGGUAGGUUGGUUUUUUUUUCCUCCUCUCCUGAUAGCUCUAUUUAUCUUCCAGUUGAAAAAGGGGAAAGGAAGCUGUUAGCUGAGUUCCUUUGGUAGGUCUAUGUGGAGAGAGUGUUGGACCCCUUGAGGAAGACUGAACCCUUUAAUGGUCCUCCUUUAGAAAACCCUUCCCUCUGCCCAGCAACAGCAAACACAGACACGUUUUGCAAUUCAAACCCUUUGGUUUUAACCACUGAAUGACAUAAAAGGGGCACAUUCCCAUCCCCCUCAAUUGGGUUUUAUGCUCAUCCUACUGGACGUGCAGGAGCAAUUCAGAUCCUGUUUUCAGGCAGUUAUUUCUGCAGAAGCUGCAUGUUCUUUAGGCCUUUUUAUAUCUCCAGUAGGGAAAACGUGCCCUCAGUAUUGCUGUAAGGAGUGUAUUAUUGGGCUUGCAAGAAAACUGUGAGGUCUGAGAGCUUCAGGGAUAUACCAGACACAGGGAGGGUCUGUGCGGAUGGAAGCUGCUGCUGCUCACUAUGCUGGUGGUUGGGAUGGAGCAUCCCCUGCCCGCCAUCCACCUGAAGCUCAGCUCCUGUGAGGUGUGAGGAAUGGCUGUAGCUGUGCAAGUCAGCACUUACGUGCUUUCACGUUUCCCACAGUCUCAAUGAGAUGAUACAGACUCUUUUGUUUUCACUCUGCCACCCAAUCUGAGGCUGUUGCUUACCCGAUACACGCCCGUGGCAACUGCAAUAAGUGGCUUUAAAAGUCAGCCAGGAAAGUGCUGCUUCUCUAAGGCAAUACUGAAAAAGAAAUAACCCCGACUGUAGAGAGCUGUGGUUUAGGCUGAAGUCAGGAGAAGAUUUUACAGCAGGAAAAGUCCUUUGGUGCAACACAGGAGCUGCAUCUCCUGCCCUCACCCUCCUCGAGGAGCUGCGGCGCUGAGGACUGCGUUGUGGGAGAGCAUUUUGCAGCAGCAAUUUCUGGCUCCUCAUCACACGAACCAAACUGCUCACGGCUCAGAUCCCUGCUGGUGUUCGCAGGAGGGAAUGGAGGCCCGGAUGGAGCGUCCACCUGCUCGGAUCUGAUAUCAGCACACUGGGGUUCUCAGCUGAAGCACUCGCCUGCAAUGCAGUGGCAGGAAGAAGGAUGUGUGUGAGAUCCAAGUGUGUGACACACCAGCUUCAACCUGUGCUUUGCUUCGUGCACAAUGGAACUCAGGUGCAGUGGUUGAGCUGAGGUGCUGCCCCUCAGAGCUGCCCUCGGCCUUUUUCCCCCCAUCACACAGUAUCAAAAGUCGUGUAAAUUUGGAUAUAGCUCGGUGAUUUUCUAUCUCUGAAACUCAACGUGUACAUUUGUUACAAUGUACAGUGCUUUUUAACUACGCUUGUAUAUUAAAUUAUUUAAUAGUUUGGGUUUUUUUUUUUUUUUUGCUUUUCAGUAUCUUUUGUAUGUAGCAGAGAUUAAAACAAGGACCUCAAGACUGAAGUUCUUCCUAAUUUUUUGGAUGUGGAUGUAAAAGCUGAACAGAAAACCAGAAGUUUACAGUCAUUUGCUCAGCCUGACUCCAUUUGAACAAUGUAUUUCUAACCUUUCUUGUCCCAUCAUUUAAUUCUCCAUAGAAACAAACACGAAGUCUUUGAUGAACUUCUAAAAAAAUAAUUAAUAAUAAUAAUAAUUAUUCUUCUAAAGAUGUAAUUUAGGAAACUUGUACAGUUUUUUUUUUGUUUUCAUUCUUUGGUCUUUUUAAACGAGUAGCAAGAACUUUAAAAACACCUAAUCGCUGUUUUGUAGAUAGUGUAAAUCUUAUAUAUGUAUAGAGAAUGCAGUGUGAAGAACAGUGUUUGCCAUUUCCUACAGCAUGGCUAUGGGGAAGGCCCGUGUACGUGUGAAAUCUAAUUCACUUUGGGGAUAGGGAAUGUAAAAACAGAGAGAGAAAACUCCGGUGCCUUUCUCUGUUGUCCCAACACGACACGUGUCAAAGAUGUACACUGCUAAUCGAGCCGGGCCUUCAGCUGUGACGCCGCCUGCAGGCACACGAGGUGCAACACAACAUAUUGCUUCACUGCUUUUGAGUUGUAUUCAAUUUCCACGUCUGCCAGGGAGUCAAAUUAGGAUAGAAAGGGGUUUGGUGGUGUCCCUCCCCUCCCUCUUCCCCUCUGUGUUGUUGGCCUCCAAGCCAUGCAGAGCGAUCCCGAUCCUUUGGGAUGCAGUGGGGACUGAUUGAGGGCGCUGGGUGAAAUAACAUCAGUCUGUGCUCUUCUACUGUCUUGUCUUAGCAACUGUAUUUCAUUGUUUCCUGCAGUGAACCUUUCAAUGUUACGUCAGGUUUGUACAACGUAUUGUUAAGUGUCGGUAGUGCUCCAUUAAGUAGGAUGUGUACCUUCUGCCAGUGCUCCUUUCUGAAGCUGUACAUACAGUAACUCCUGUAAUGAGGUGGAAGCGGGGGGCAGUCGUUUGCUUUUAUUUUGCCUUUUUGUUUCCCUCUCGUUUUCUACAUUAGAAGAAUUUUUAAAUAAAGUUUAAUUUUCUUCUAGCA